UGUAUUUUGGGAGGAAUUUAUAGAAUGUUUUUUUUCGCCCCCUUUGCGGUUUGAACUUGCAAGGCAGCAGGAUAUUUGGUUCGUUAUCCUGCGGUCUGGGAAAAAAGUAAGGAGAAUCGUUUCAUGCGUAAAGCUGCAACCGUUCCUGUGCAAACCCGGACGAAGAAAUGUACCGUUUAAUGUAAGAAUUCGUUUAUGAUGUAUAUUCUACUGUACCCUUAAGGGGACAAUGCGUUUUAUCGUAACAGGAGUCUGCUUCAGCUAAUUUGCACCUUUUAUGACGUAAACGUAUUUUACAAACACACAAUGUGUUACCCUCGUUCAGUGUUUUUUUAGUGUAAACCUGCCAUCUUGGUCAUGAAAGGAAGGUUUAUUUAUCACACGUCACUGUGACUCCCAUGUGCGACUGUUUUCAUUCCUCUCGCAGCGCUGGCUGCACCUCAUGACGUCACAGGAGUCUGGCUCGCGCUGUGUUAAAUUUAAAGGGUUCCAGAAGCGUUUCUGCAGUCAGUCGGUACUGUGGCGCUAGGUCCGGAGAGACGCGGUGCAGGAGCGGGGCUUUCUGCACCAAAACAUCACAGGCUGCAGACUUCGCCUAAUCGCCAUCUGCCGCGUCUAGCUCCCAGCAUAAACCAGAGGAAUUACAGCAACCUAUUUCAAAACGCAGCAAUACGAAAUCUAAUUUUCAUCAACCAGAAGCCUUUAACAUGGACAACUCGGCUGCCAAUAGUAGAUUCAGGACUACAAUGUUCAAUCACGAGGAUGAGCUCCCCAGCCAGUCCAAGGAUGACUCGGAGGACUCAGAGCUGGAGCACCUGAUGCGGGACGCCCCCCCCCCGCCGAACCUGGGGCCCGAGCCGGCCGGGGUCCCGCACGGGCGCCCCCCCACCCCGGACACCCUCGCGCUGCUGCGCCCCCCCGGGGAGGCGGGCCUGUCAGAGGGCGUAGGCUUCAGCCUGCCCUCUCCCAUCAGCCCCUCCCGACCCAAGAGCCCCUGGGGCCGAUUUGACCCCUACGACGCCACAGAGGACCAGGAUAAGGAGUACGUGGGCUUUGCCACUCUACCAAACCAGGUACACCGGAAGUCUGUGAAGAAGGGCUUCGACUUCACACUGAUGGUAGCGGGAGAGUCGGGUCUGGGGAAAUCCACUUUGGUCAACAGUCUGUUUCUCACAGACCUCUAUAUGGACAGGAAGCUACUCAAUGCCGAAGAGAGGAUUACACAGACGGUGGAAAUAACUAAGCACACGGUGGACAUUGAGGAGAAGGGCGUCAAACUGAAGCUAACUAUUGUGGACACGCCUGGCUUUGGAGACGCUGUGAACAACACAGAGUGCUGGAAGUCGGUGGCAGACUACAUAGACCAGCAGUUUGAGCAGUACUUCAGAGACGAGAGCGGCCUGAACCGCAAGAACAUCCAGGACAACCGCGUGCACUGCUGCCUCUACUUCAUCUCGCCGUUUGGACACGGGCUCCGCCCCCUGGACGUGGAGUUCAUGAAGGCGCUGCACGAGAAGGUGAACAUCGUGCCCGUCCUGGCCAAAGCCGACACCCUCACCCCCUCCGAGGUCAGGAAGAAGAAGCUGAAGAUCCGCGAGGAGAUUGAGCAGUACGGGAUCAAAAUCUACCAGUUCCCGGACUGCGACUCUGACGAGGACGAGGAGUUCAAGCAGCAGGACCAGGAGCUGAAAGUGAGUAAGGAAAGCAUCCCAUUCGCCGUGAUCGGCAGCAACACUGUGGUGGAGGCCAAGGGGAAGCGGGUUCGAGGGCGACUCUACCCCUGGGGCAUCGUGGAAGUGGAGAACCCGGCGCACUGUGACUUUGUGAAGCUGCGGAACAUGCUGGUGCGCACGCACAUGCAGGACCUGAAGGACGUCACCCGGGAAACGCACUACGAGAACUACCGCGCGCACUGCAUCCAGAGCAUGACCCGCAUGGUGGUGAAGGAGCGGAACCGCAAUAAGCUGACUCGGGAGAGUGGCACGGACUUCCCCAUCCCAGGGACGCCGGGGGUGGCGGACAGCGAUACGGAGAAGCUGAUCCGAGAGAAAGACGAGGAGUUGCGACGGAUGCAGGAAAUGCUGGAGAAGAUCCAGGAGCAGAUGCACACACAGAAAGAGGCCUAUUAACUCCGCCCCUUCCUCCCCCGGCUGGCCAAUCCCACUGCCCACCCCCCACACUUCCAUACCUCCCAUCGUUACGAGAAACGGCCAGGACCCCCCCACCUCUCCCCCACCCAUCCCCCCCCCCCCGAGGACCUUUGACCUCCGGAGUACUUCCGUCCUGUUAGCGUGGCCACUGUGUUCCCGGGGGGGGUGUGACUGAAGGUGGGGCCUGCUCUGACAUCACAGCACGGACCUGCCACCUUCAGUACAGUUGUCCCGUUUCUCUUACAGUCAGCGACAGGUCAUGUGCAGCUCAGACACCCAUCAUUCCUAUGUUCCCGUCGGCCGUCUGUACUGAAGAGGCCACAGACGCACAGGCGCGUGCGUUCCAUGUGCGCCAUUUGUUAUGGGGGGGUGGGGGGGGAGAGAAUUCGGGGCAGCACUGCACCCACACACUCCUAUCACAUUUUUCCACAUGCAGAAUAUGCCAAUAGAUGCUUACAUAAACAGAUGCGGUGAAUUUAUUUUUUUCUAAAAGAUGCUAUUUUGUGCGUAAGAUUCUUUCUGUUGUACUGUAUAAUAUAACAUGUAUUUUGUGUACUUUGUAUAUUCGGGCGGUGUGUGGUGAGAAUGGGCUUCUCUUACAACACGCGCGCUCUCCCGGAACACAUGAAUGUGUCCUAUCCACAGGAUUUUUUUAUGUUCUCGGUUUUUACCAACGUUUAACUGAAGUACUGUAGCUCGCCCUCAUUACUGUGCUUUUAUUUAAAGGGCUCAACUCCACAUUUAACACAAACGGGUGUCCUCGAAUUUAGUUUUGAGCUCCUGGCUAUCGUGAGUUUUAAGCUACGUGUAAGGGAUAGGUACUGUUCUUAUAGUGAAGACUGUACCUGAAUCCAGUGAGAGAAGCUGGUCAGGUGAGCUGAACAUCCACACAAGGGUGCCAUUCAGAGUCCUGACAUUCCCAUAAGACACUGCCAGACCCACACCCACAUCUACAGACCCCUGUCCAAACGCUUCUCUGCCAGACCCACACCCACCCUUCUCCAACCCUCACAACGCUUCUCUGCCAGACCAACACCCACAUCUACAGACCCCUCCCCAAACCUCAGAAUGCUUUUCUGCCAGACCCACACCCACAUCUACAGACCCCUGUCCAAACGCUUCUCUGCCAGACCCACACCUACCCUUCUCCAACCCUCACAACGCUUCUCUGCCAGACCAACACCCACAUCUACAGACUCCUCUGCAAACCUCAGAACACUUCUCUACCAGACCAACACCCACAUCUACAGACCCCUCCCCAAACGCUUCUCUGCCAGACCAACACCCACAUCUACAGACCCCUCCCCAAACCUCAGAAUGCUUUUCAACCAGACCAACACCCACAUCUACAGACCCCUCCCCAAACGCGUCUCUGCCAGACCAACACCCACAUCUACAGACCCCUCCCCAAACCUCAGAAUGCUUUUCUGCCAGACCAACACCCACAUCUACAGACCCCUCCCCAAACCUCAGAACGCUUCUCUGCCAAGCUAACACCCACAUCUACAGACCCCUCUCCAAACCUCAGAAUGCUUCUCUGCCAAGCUAACACCCACAUCUACAGACCCCUCCCCAAACCUCAGAAUGCUUCUCUGCCAAGCUAACACCCACAUCUACAGACCCCUCCCCAAACCUCAGAACGCUUCUCUGACAGGCCAACACCCACAUCUACAGACCCCUCUCCAAACCUCAGAACGCUUCUCUGCCAAGCUAACACCCACAUCUACAGACCCCUCCCCAAACCUCAGAACGCUUCUCUGACAGGCCAACACCCACAUCUACAGACCCCUCCCCAAACCUCAGAACGCCUCUCCUUAUCCUCUUCUGUAAAAUGAGCAGGGUAUCUGCCAACUGUAAUAUAUUUAUUGAUAGAAACCAUGAAGAACUGUGGACCAAGUUAUAACCUGGGGAAGUAAUGAUCUUUGGUUCUUUUUUUUUUCAUGAUUUAAAUGUCAAGCUUUUACCUGACUUGUUUGACCACAGGUUCUGAAACGGGAGCUGGUGGUUAAACCAGAACCUCAGUUAGACCACUGGGUUCAGUCACUGCAUGCGUAGAGAAUAUACCUCCUUACGAAGGCCUCACGAUGUAUGAAAUGGCUGUCUACCUUGAGGCCAAAUGUGUAAUUUUGUUUUAUGACGGCGGAUCUUGUUUUAAUGUUCUACGUGCCAGUGAUGGGGAGCAACGAGAGGCCAGCGCAAAUGAAGCUGAACCAGGUGUUUUCUUUAACCUUGUCUUGCAGUUCGGUGUCCUUACAAAAAAGAAGGAUUAAUUAAAUGACACUUUUGAUGUGGAGUAUGUUUAGAUACUGCUUGUUGCAAAUGUAUUUGGUUAAUAUAAAUGAAAGCAUACUUAUUGACAUUAUUUUACAAGACAAUGCAUAUCAAAAGGGGGAAAACAAGGUAGCCAUGGUUACCCUUGUUUUUUUUUAUUUCAGUUUUUACCAGGGGGGGACCUUGUCUUUACAUUCAGUGUGAGUGGGUUUUGUUUUUGUUUUGUUUGUUUUUUUACAUUCUCUUGGUUGUCAGAAAUUCAUUUAUUAAAUGUGUUCAUGUAAUAAAUAACUUUAUAAAUUCAUAGAGGAUAAAAGGCAAUAGAAUAUUGUACACAAUUAAUAAAAUGAAAAUCGAGA